AUGGUUGUUGCGACCCUGAUCCACCCCGAUUACAUCUUCGUAACACCUGGCCACCUUCCUGAGCCUCCGCCCCCAGGAGCCAAGCCUGGGCGGCCCGUCGGUAUCCUGUGCCUGAUUUGUCAUGCAGGACUAAAGUACUGGACUCCUAAACCGGACGCGUGGUUGAUUGGUUGCCCAAAUGACCAAAAGCAUAACACCCGAACAUGGCGCUGUGACCAAUUCAACCACGAAAGGACCCUCAUCAACCUUGGGGUUCCAAGGCCAAUUGUAUCGACAUUCCAAGAUUGGGGUCCUCGCAUCUCACCUGCCGGCCACAUUCUUGACAUGUAUCCCAAACCCCCAAGGCCGGUACCAAAUGACCUCCCCUUGCUUAGCCACUUCCUCCAACCCCAACCGACUGGUCAUCCCUUUCAAGGACGCGCCAUUCAAGGCAACAUUGCACCUAAUUCAACAACAUGGUCCCAACCUCUCUAUCCUCUAACUCCAUCGUCGUCGUUGACACCGGGUCCAGUUCUUACCGGGCCAUCUGGCGCCUCGAUUUCCGGACCGCACCUCAGUACGCCACCUGUCCCAUGCGAGAGACAAUCGCAGGGCCCCGUGCCUAAGGGCCACCGCAAGCACGCCAACAAGAAGUGCCGUUUUCAAUAUUGCCAGGCGUGCUGCAAUACGUACGGACCCGGCGUGUGCCGUACACAUCCUAAGGCCCUUUCGAACACCGACGCCUCAGUCCAUCCAUACGCGCGACCACAAUCAUCAACUACCCCCACCCCCAAAAGCAUCUCUACACCCCAAAGACGCGUCACCGAGCCUCGUUGUCACCAAUGGGCACAGAGUGCCAACUCCUUAGGUCAACGCCUCCAUGUGGACAGUGUCGUAACUCUCCAUAAGAACCGUCUCGAACAGUACCAACCUGAAAUACAGAAAAAAUACGAUGAAACGAAGAUGGUAACUGUAUAUCUAUGGUUAAAUUCAUUGACGAUUGCGUUCCACCUGCAGGAAAUCGAACCGGUGGUAAUCACCGCCUAUUUCAAAGACUGGCCUCAAGCCCGCCUUGAGGAAUGUGAUCUUAUGAUACAGGCGGUGCUUGGAGAGGUUGGCGACCUUUGGAACCGAGCAAUAAGCAUGUGGGACGAAGGCAUUGACGCUUGGCGCGAGAUUCCGGUCGGUUACCCUCACAUUUACUCUUCGUCCAAACGGUCCAUUGUGCUUCGCGUGGCCAAAGUUAAUCCUCUCACUCCUGGCUUACCGCAGAGGGCCCGUUUGUUACCACCCCCCAUCCCAGGACACGCAGGCGAAGGGACAUCGUCAUUAGCGAGCGGUUUUUCCAAAACGUCAGGAUACGUUCCUUCGACCCCUGACCAAGCGCUCCACAGCUCUCCACCCCUUCCCUUUCGGAAACUAGUAGACAAACUUUCCAGCGCGCCCAGCCCAAUCACAUCAACAGCCCACCUGAGCCCAUCAGCGGUAGUCGACCUGACUCAACUGCCUGACUCACCUGGUUUUGCUGAGACACUUUCCUCACCAUUAAGGGUCAAGCAUGAACCCGAUUCCGAGGACCAACCGGAAGCACCGCAAGCCCAAGCUUCCACACCCUUGGUGUCAUCUUUGGAAUCUGCCCCGACUGUACCAUCACCUUCAAAUCCAGUUCCAGUCACGGCUACCCCUAGCGCUAGCCCUCUCAAACCGAGAUGGCCCUCUAAAUCGCUGCUAGUUUCGAGCAUGCUCGCCUGGCACAAGGAAGGUAAAAACAGCGACAUUGUGUUGAGUUGGCAUAAGCACUUUGGAAAUGAAUGGAAGGAAGUCUUGCCGACCAUGUACCGGUAUCGCGGUUGGAUCAAUCGCGUAGGUUACGAGCGUUUUGCCGCUGAAUACCAAUUCCAGCCCAAUGCCGUUGUGGGGGAGGCACGUCUCUGGUUCAAGGAAGAGUUCAACUACGUCGCGCGGGUUGGCAGUGAAACGGUUGCGACGCCGGCAGACCAGGUGGCAUGUUUGUCAAUGCCACAGAGUUGA